AUGGAUUCCCAGUUACCACCUAUGCCGUUUGUUGCCGAGCAGUAUGCAAAUGACAAGAAGGUCCAUGUGCUACUCGCAGCCGCUACCAUUAAGCUGCCCAACAUUGCAGAGGCACUAUGUCGUAAUAAAAACAUCUCAGUCCGCAUCCUAGUUACCGAGCCAGCGGAGAAUUUCAUCGUCGGGCAGAGCUUGGAGAAGCCGGUCCUCGAUACUCUGCUUCGAAUAGAUGGUGUGGACGCUAUCUACCGGGACGAAGACGAAUGGUCGCCGCCGUGGACUCGUGGAGGACCAGUCCUGCAUAUUGAACUGCGCAAAUGGGCCCAUAUUCUACUGGUUGCCCCAAUGUCUGCAAAUACCAUGGCGAAAAUGGCUAAUGGGAUCGCUGACAACCUGCUUCUCUCGGUCAUCAGGGCCUGGGAUACGACUGGAGUAGUUGAUAUGGGCUUCAAGACCCAGAAACCUUUGAUCUUUGCAGCGUUGGAUAUGGACCCCUGUAUGUACCGACAUCCAGUGACCGAGAAGCAGCUUAAAAUUCUACGUGAUCAGUGUGGAUGGAGUGAAUCAAACCCAGAAGGUUGGGUGACUGUGCUGCCUCCCAUAGAGAAGAGCCUGGCCUAUGAAGAUGUCGGUACCGGGGGUAUGAUGGACUGGAGAGAUAUCGUCACUGUAGUCCAAAACUACGUGGCGGGAUCGGUGCAGAAGCCAUGA